GCUAAAGCGGCGGUGGCGGAUGCCGCGGCCGCAUCGCAGGCAGAAGCAGCAGCAGCGCUGCCGCCAUCGGACGGCUCCCCAGGUGCUGCUGCUGCUGCGGGUGGCUCCGAGGCUGCAGCAGACGGGAGUGCGGGGCUGCUGCCGCCCAGUCACGGGUCGUACCUGUUCAUGGAGGGGCGGUUCUACCGGGAUGUACGGCACCCGGAGGCUGAGGACUACUCGGAGCCCAUCCGGGCGCUGUGCAGGGCUCACGGCGUGUGGCCCACCAUGCUGCGGCCCGACCGCUCCUGGCGGCCCGGCCUGGGUCGCGACACGGGGCAGAGCGCGCGCGAGCCCGCCGCCAUGCACGAGACACGCGUGCAGGAGCUGACGGUGCGGCAGGCCAACCACCCCACCGCGCUGUUCUGCCACCGCGCCUGCUGCGAACACCUGCUGUUCGUGCGAGACGUGCGCAGAUGGCACCCCGGCGCUGCGGGCUGUGCGAGGCGCGGCAGGCUGAGCUGGUGACGCAUGACGACCCGCUGGCGCCCUCCAACCCCGCCAUCAUGUGCAGGCAAUGCUUCGAUUUGCUGCACAUCGGCAGCAGCGGCGAGCGCCUCGUGCCGGAUCUUGUCGUACAGCCGUACAACCCGGCACUGGACAUUCCGUCGCAGGACAGGUGGGCGCCGCCCGCGGGGCCUUGGGCUGUGACCUUUGCGGACAGGCAGUAACCCUCCGGGGGCGAUGGCAUGAGGAUCUAGUCGUCACUGAUAGCGGUGGGAGGUGCCGAUGAGGGGUUGGAGCAUUGGUUCCCUUUUGACGUGGCCUGCUACCGGUAUGCCAACACGCGCGUGUGGAUAGGAGGAGGG